AUGCUGUCCGCCGUGAUACGCAUCGCACGCAGCCCCUGGGUCCUUGCUGCUGCCUAUCUGCCCAGACUAUGGACCCAAGUGCUACGCCUGGCGCGUUUUGUCCGGGUUAGGCCGCCGUCUGAGGCCCUUGGGACCAGCACUACAACGAUCGACGGGCGACAGGCCGGACCUGUCGCCUCUACCCACCAGGCCUUCCCGGCCACCGAGGACCAGCUGAACGAGAUCCGGAAACGGUUCAUCGAGUCCAUCGAUCCCGAUGCCGUCUGCGCCCUGGCUUCUCGAUUGAACCACGGAAAGCCGUGCCAGAUUGUGAGAAAGGCUCGUGGCAGCUUCAACAUCUGCUUCUUUGUCGAGUUUGGCCAUGAUGGGCCCAAAUGGAUCAUUCGAAUUCCCAUCGAGUCCUCGCUGGAGGAUCCGUGGACCAAGCUGCUCAGCGAAGUGGCCACGAUGCGACAUCUCCAGCGCAAUACGCGCAUACCCAUCCCGCACAUUCACGCCUACGGCCGUGGGGCCAAGCUGACCAGGGACGGCCAGCGGAGACAGAUGUUUGUCAUCCUGCACCUGGUCCUGGGCCAGCCGCUCGACAAAGAGCUCCUCACCUCGGCCACAGAGGAUGACCGGAGGCGAUUCUACUCGCAGCUGAUCGACGUCCUGGCCGACUUGAGGAAGCUCGAGUUCCCCAUGAUCGGCUCUCUUAUGCCCAACCCCGUCAGUGGCCAGGAGCCCGUCCUGGGCCCUGUCGUCUCCAUGUCGGCCGCCAUCAUCCAUCGACCCCUGCCGCCCAAAGCCUUUGCUACGGCAAAAGAAUACAUGGACUUCCAGUGCAACGUUGUGUCCGACUUUCUGCUGCCGCCGAUCAGCGACUGCAGCGUCCUCGAUGCCCGACACGAGGUCUUUACGCGGCACGGAAUUGAGCCCAUAUUUCAACGAGUCAUUGAUCCCCGCCUCAACGACGGGCCGUUUGUCCUCAACCAUCUGGACCUGCGCGGCCCCAACAUCAUCGUGGAUGAGAACUUGCGGAUCCAGGGCAUCAUCGACUGGGAGUUCACCAGCACGGUCCCGCUCCAGCUGUUCGCGCCGCCGUCGUGGAUUACCGGCUACGAUCCGAACAAGACGAACAAGCAGAUGCAUGCCGAGUUUCGCAAUGUCCUGGCCAGCAAGAAGGGCAGCGUGUACAGCCAGCUGCGGAGGGAAUGGUACAGCACCCUGGACACCGACAACGUCCGGAAAGACGUGGCCUUCUGGGUGUCCCACGCGAUACGGCGGCCAGCCAAGGUCACCGACAUUUUCUGCGACGUUCUCGCACCGAGGCUGUCGGGAAGGCCUCUCGACGACGUCGUGUCCGAGUUUUUCGACGAGAACCCAGAGGCUGAGCAAGAAGUGCAGCAGCGGCUGCAGCAGUGCGAGCGGUACCGCGAGUACCUGAAGGAGAACGGACUUUACGAGACGACCAGAGACAGGGCCCUGGCCGAGUCAAAGGCCGUGAAGAAGACAUGGGGGUGGUCGUCAUUUGCAAGCAGGUCGGGCAGCAAGCAAUGGUAG